AUGAAUUUAGACGCUUUGAAUGGACUGGAUCUAAAUGGAGCCUUCAAGAUCGCCAAUUUGGCAGUGGCAGGUUUAUCAAUUUUAUCAGGCCUUUCUCAAUUAUUCAGUGGAAUACAAUCGUUUGUUCUUGGAAUUUAUAUAAUCGCAUUUGGCGGUGUAAUUGGUCUUCUUGAAUUUAGGGUUCCGGCCGAGGCUUAUGCCUAUGCAUCAUUUUUGUUUUCGUUUAUUGGUAGGGGUAUCUUCUACACAUUAAUUGGUGCAAGUAUCAAUGGUGGUAGUGCUUUCAGAAUUAUAGCAGGUCUCUUAAUUUUCGUCGUCGGAUUGGUCUAUAUCAGCUUAGAAGCUAUUCCUAGCAUUUCUCCUCCAGAAAACAUGAAUCCUGAAGGUAUUGCUAUUGGUAUCAAUGAUGAAGAUAUAAUUUAG